AUGGCUCGCCCCCGAAAGGGGGAAGGGGUUAGAAAAAGUGCCCUAAAAAAUGCUGGGGAACCACGACGUCUGCAGAUUGAUCGUGGUCGCAGGCACCACCAUCAUCAGUGUUUACGCCCCAAAAUAACCGGUUCAGACGAGGCGAAGAUUGAGUUCUACGAGGACCUGAACGCCCUCCUGGCGUCUGUGCCGAAGGCGGAUAAGUUGAUUGUCCUCCGUGACUUCAGCGUUCGAGUCGGCACAGACCCUUCUGUCUGGAGAGGAGUGCUGGGUCCCCAUGGUCUCGGCGGCUUCAAUGACGAUGACCUGCUCCUCGCGCGAGCCUGCGCAGAACAUCGCCUCAAAAACACAGAGCCCUUAUCUCGUACUGUGGAGGAGGAGGCGAGAGUGCGGUAG